AUGACUUUGCUUAAAAGAGUGUUGGAGGCUUGCACCCCCCCCCAUAAAAGUCACCUCAAAUUCUUUAUUCUGUGGGGUUGGUUCAUACACUUCAUUUUGGCAGUGAUCCUCAGAGGUAACUUGGGCUGCUGUGUGAUGAGGCCUUUUCAUCUCCUGUUCUUUCUACUCCCUCACCCCUUUCUUGAACAAGAAGAAUUCCUCUACAGCUUUUUACAUAGAGUGCCUGGUAAGCAGUUACCUUUGAUGCAGGGAGGGUGGGGACAGCACACCCAUUCAUUUACUGCUGAAAGGAUCACAGCCUAG